CUUGUUCCAUCACUCUCUCUCUCUCUCUCUCUCUCUCUCUCUCUCUCUCAAAAUAAAUAAGUAAACUUAAUAAUAAAUGAGUAGUUACUUUGAUGCUACUCAUAAAACAAGGGAGUAAACCAAAUGUUCUGUGAACAUCAAAUGUUAAAUCCUAAUAACCUUCAAUGUCUUCUUUGGGAGGCUCAGCUGCCCUUUGGAGUUUAAUACCUUACAGAGAGGACAGGGUGGAGCAAAAAAAUGGAAGAUAAGGUCUUAGAUGAAAGGACAAGUUAAAGAAGUACAAGAAACUAUUGUGGAAUUUGAAAGUGGAGUUAUUUGACUAGGGAAAAAAAGCAGACAUUGACUCCCCACCCUCCCUUCCUCCAACUCACUCAUCACUGUUCUACAGAUAAGAAUUUCAAGAAAAUCAGAUGGCAUCCGGGGAUUUCUGCUCACCUGGAGAAGGAAUGGAAAUACUCCAACAAGUGUGCAGCAAACAGCUUCCUCCUUGUAACCUGAGUGAAAAGGACCUGUUACAAAACCCACACUUCAGCAAGCUGCUGCUGAGUCUCACACAACAUGUAGACGAGAGUGGCUUAAGCCUCACCCUGGCAAAGGAGCAGGCUCAGGCAUGGAAGGAAGUUCGACUGCAUAAAACAGCAUGGUUGAGGUCUGAGAUUUUACAGAGAGUCAUUCAAGAGCUGCUUGUGGACUACUAUGUGAAGACACAAGACACAAAUUUAACUUCUGAGGACAAAAAGUUUCACGAGACCCUUGAACAGCGGCUACUCGUGACUGAACUGACGGGGCUGUUAGGGCCCAGCCGGGAGAAGGAAAUGCCUCCGCUGCUAGGGGUGGAGAAAGCCGACCUUCUGGAGCUCAUGCCCCCCUCAGAGGAUUUUGUGUGGAUGAGAGCUCGGCUCCCGCUGGAAGUAGAGGAGCAGCUCAAGAAGAAAUGUUUCACCCUGCUGUGCUACCAUGACCCCAAUUCAGAUUCAGACAGUGAAACCUUGAAGGCGGCAAAGGUGUGGAAACUGGCAGAGAUCCUGGUGGGUGAGAAGCAGCAAUGCCAGGAUGCCAAGAGCCAGCAGCAGGAGCAGAUGGUGCUGCUGGAGAAGAAGAGUGCCACCUACUCCCAGGUGCUUCUCCGCUGCCUAGCCUUGCUGCAGAGGCUUCUUCAAGAGCACCGGCUUAAGACUCAGUCUGAGCUGGACCGCAUCAAUGCUCAGUACCUAGAGAUCAAGUGCAGUGCCAUGAUCCUUAAGCUGAGGAUGGAGGAGCUAAAGAUCUUGUCUGACACUUACACUACUGAGAAAGUGGAAGUUCAUCGUCUCAUUAGGGACCGUUUGGAGGGGGCCAUCUGCCUACAAGAGCAGGACAUGGAGAAGUCCCGACAGGUCCUAAGCACCUAUGAGGUCCUUGGGGAGGAGUUUGACAGGCUGGUAAAAGAGUACACUCAACUCAAGCAGGCAACUGAGAACAAGCGCUGGGCCCUCCAAGAGUUUAACAAGGCCUGCCGCUGAGCGCUGGCUGGUGGGGGUCUGGAGGUGGACUUCUGCUCCGGUGCUGCCUCCCCCUCCUGCCAAAAGGACCACCUCCACCUGAGGCCCACCUUCACUCCGGAAGUGUGAGGACACUUGCUUGAAGCCCUGCAGUGGUUUAGGCACCGUCCUGGUUUUUCUUCCUUGUUUACAGUGACUGAGUCUCUUCUGGGAAAUGUAACAGAUUUAUAUAAUUUUAUGUGCAACUAUUUGUCAGUGUCAGCCCUAUAGGAUAUUUGAUUACCUCCUGAAUAAAGUGAUGAUGCUUCCUUUGGGCAA